AAUAGUAAUUUGUAGACUGUAAAGUUCACUCAAAAUGACAACACUUGCGGUAAUAAUAGUCCUCGUCUUUGCGGCUGCUUACGUUGACUCUCAUGGCUCCAUCACAACGCCACUAGCCAGAACACGUAUUCAAGACCUGCCUAAUUGGGGAGGUGCCCAGCAGCCUUUCUGGUGGGACUCUCAAGGCGUUUGGUGCGCAAACGUACAGCAGGAUGUCAAUGUUAGCACUUGUGGACGAUGCGGAGAUGCUCCGGGACAAACACACGCUAACCGUGGAGGACGUUACGACAAAGGAAUCAUUACCGGUACUUACAAUGCUGGACAACAAAUCGACAUGGUUAUUCAAUUUGCUGCCAACCAUCGUGGAGGAUACUGGAUUGAACUCUGUAAUUUAAACAAUGGUGAGAGCGAUACAUGCUUCACCCGCCUGACCGUCGUUAGAGCUGAUAGGGAAAUCCGUCCUGGAAACAUGGUGUGCUCAGGAAAUGAUCAACAAAACGGUCCUACGAAUUUACGUGUUCAACUUCCAGCUGGUUUCCGAUGCACUAGAUGCACACUUCGCUGGACAUACCGCACUUCAUAUCCACCAGCACCUGAUGCGUGCUUCAAUCCCAACCCAGCCCAAACAUUCAGAAACUGUGCCGAUAUUCGCAUCAAUUAAAUUGGAAAAACGAACACGAAGCGACAUAACGUCGAUUCGAACGUACAAUGUCCAUAAAAAUAUUUGAAUAAAUUUACAUCGCUUGUUACA